GACCGAGUGUAGUCGGUCCUCAUAACGUGGUUUUUUGCGCACGUCCUCCAACUCCCCCCGCGCAUCUAGGUUCCCAUUCUCUAUUUCUGACCAAUCACAGACCUUCCCUGAGUCGCCCAGGCUGAGCGGUGAUGGCGGCUGCUCGCUUCCCAUUGGUCGAGACAGCAGAAUGUAAACACUUCUACCUUGCCGGCGCCAAAACUCGUGUUUCUCGGUAUAGUGCUCCUUAUAUACUGAAGCAUUUCACCCAAUACAAUGUCGAUCAAUAAGAAAUUGUUCUACGGUGAGUCCUCCAAGGAUACCUCGAAAUUUGUCUGUGUUUGGGAUGAUACUGACUCAGAUCAAGACUCAGAUGACCUGGAUUUCCUGGAUAGUGAGGAUGAAUUCUUGCCACCAGAUGCAGAGGUGUCAACAGAUGGGGAGGAGGAAGAUGGGCCACCACCAAAAAAACAAAAAUUGAACAAGAGGAAGAAACGUAUUACUAUGGAGGAAUACCCUGAUGAAGAAGUGCUUCAAGAUGAUCUUGCUUCUCAAGUAGACACCAAAUGGAAGAAUGAGGACAUCCACAAUGACCCUUUGCCUAAAUAUGUGAGGCUGGAUAAACAGCUAGGUCACUGGCCAGUGCUAGGCUUACACAAUCGCCUCAUAAAGAAAGAACAGAAUGCAUGA